AUGAUGUCCAAAAAGAAAGAAACCAUGGGACGACAGAGAAUUCCGAUGGUUAGGAUCAAGAAAGAGACCCAUCGGCAAGUCACAUUCUCAAAACGUAGAGCCGGUCUAUUUAAGAAAGCCAGCGAGCUUUGCACAUUGUGCGGCGCAGAGGUUGGGAUCAUCGUGUAUUCUCCAGCCAAAAAGCCUUUCUCUUUCGGCCAUCCCAGCGUCGAAUCCGUAUUGGACCGUUAUUUGUCCCGCAACAAUUUGUCCAUAGCGCAGGAGCAGAAACCGCAGGGAAACACUGCAGCGAGCAGCGUGCUGAACAUGGAGCUGACGCAGAUCGUGAGCCAGUUAGAGGAAGCAAAGAAGAAGGGUCAAGCCACGGCAGAAAUGAGAAAAGCGAAUGCGGUGAGGUGGUCGAUGACAAAUUGGUGGGAAAGGCCAGUGGAGGAGAUGAAUAUGGCUCAGUUACGGGAAAUGAAAUCUGCUUUGGAGGAGUUGUGGAAGAUUGUUGUGUCAGAGACAAAUACGGCUCAACGGGUCGGUUUAAGGAUGUGAAAGAGGAUGUGUUCGGUUUCUUAGAUCAUAAUAAAGUGACGGCUCCUUAUGUUUUCCUAAUGCUUACAAGUUACAAUGGUUGUUUUUGAUUAACACAUAUUAUAAGCUAGUAUCUUCCUAGCUGGUUUUUGUUUUUUGUUUUUUGUUUCUUUGGCAACAUGGAAAAAUAUUAAUGUUAUCCGGUUAAGGUUCUUUAAUGUAUUGAUCAUAUACUAUAACAGAUAUAUAGCUUAAACUUAUAAUUCUUAAAAGUAACGGAUCAAGUUUUCACCACAUGUAAAGGUUUAAGGUGAGCUACGAACAAUUCGUAACAAAAAAAAAGGUUGAUGUAAUUUAUUUUUGUAUAUUGAUGCUAAUCCACAUGUAACACUAAGAUGCAACAUUCACAUUUAGCAGUACAGUAUAUGAAGUUCUGGAGUAUAAUUUACUACAUAUUUAUCACUCAUCUCCGAGAAUAUGUAGAUCUUUAGCAGUACAGUAUUUGAUCUAUGGAAGUAACUAGAAAAACCACAGGAAAUAGAAAGGCAACUGGAAGAAAAAAGAUCUGAGGAGAUCUGCGUGCACAUAAUACUUCUAAAGCUUUCAUAUUUAAAAUUUAGAUAACAGAUUACCUAGAAACAGAAUGACAAAAUGUAAUGACAAAGAAAAGUAAAAAAAGGGAAGAUCAAACGAAGAGGACCUAAGAGAGGUAUGAAGUCCCGGACCAGGUGACUAAUAAAGGAUCUCAAAAUUUUGAUCCAGAAAAUCGCAGCGCCGAUGACUUGUUUGCGAAGAAAUCUCAAUAUCUUUUGCAGGAUAUAAGGGGAAGAUUGAGAAAGACCUUUAUGAUAUUGUUUCUUCUAAGUAUAUGAAUUUUAUUACUUAAUUUGUGAUGUGAAUAUUGAUACAAGAGAUUUGAGUCACAACAUUGCUAAGCAAAGAGGUACUUAGAAACCCCCACCCCACAAGAGAAACUAAAAGACGCAGAAGACUAGGUC